UUGCUGCGUGAGCUUGAAUUCUUGCGCGCUGUGUGGGAAUGUCAGGCGGAGUGGACAGAAACCGCUUCAGGGGGAGGGUGGUGUGAUUCAUUGAGCCAUCUUCCGGCACGAUGGGUGAGGCACCGGUCAGAGAAGAUAGUACAGUGACACGAUCAGCAGAGUAUGUAGGCUCAUUUCCUGUGGAUGACAACUGUUUGGAUGACCAGAUUAAGCAGCUGCACACACAGUUGAAGUCCCUUAAAGCAUGCAAGACAAGACGGCCAGUGUCCCUAAAGUUUUCCGUUAAAGGUUUGAAAAUGUAUAAUGAGGAUGAAACGAGCCUCCUGAUGGCCCACGCUCUGCGGAGAAUCUCUCUUUCCACGGCCCGACCCGUCGAUUCACAGUUUGCCUUUGUCGCGCAUAACCCAGGCUGCCCAGACACCCAGCUCUACUGCCAUGUCUUUAAAGCAAGGCACGCCAGAGCAGCCCAGUUCCUGAACCUGCUGCUGUGCCGCUGCUUCCAGCUGUCGUACUUGGAGAAGCAUCCAGAAGAGGCCCAGAAAGACUCUGCUGGCUCACUGCCUCAUCGCAAGCCUUCACUGCUCAAUCAUGGCUUUCCUCUUAGUGUCAGCGCCCUAGUUUCAUUCAGAAGAGCUCCUUUUGGUGGAUUAUUACCUGGCACUAAGAAAACUCCAAAGUCUUCAGAUGACCAACAAAGCAGCCAAGAUGAGGUCUUUCCCAUCUCCUCUCCCUCCCUGAUGCGCAAGAAAGUCAUACGCACCAAAGUGCUGCGCUCCGGUGCUUACCGUUCCUUCACUUUCACGCCACGCAAACAGCGCACCAUUCAGGAUCAACUGAGUGUAACUCAAGAAAAGGAUCUAGACAAGUCGCCAGCGAGGCGAUCCCGGGCUCCAAGCUUGUCUGAAACAGAAGAGGCACUAGCUCAGGCAGUGUGGUGUUGGGCUGGUAUCGCAACUGAGAGCAGCUAUUCACUGCUUGCAGAUGAUGUUCUGGGAUCCUACCUUUUGUGCCAACAUCCAAAAAACCCUAAAUGUGGCUCUCUAAUCAUUCGCUUCUCCUCUGGCCCGAUCACCCACCUUAUUGAAAACACCCGUAAAGGGAAAUUCGUGCUGGAGAAAUGCAAGACUGAAUUCAGUUCCAUGGCUGAGCUGAUUGAGCACUACACAGAGACUGAGGACGAGCUGCCAUGUCUGCUGAGCUAUGCCCGGGUGAACCACUGCUAUGAGUGGGAGGAAAACGUCAGCAAACAGCAGCCUGUAAAGCUUCAGCCCAAACGAAGCCGAAAUUAAAAGUACCCACAGAAACGAAUGGGUGUAAACCCUGGACACUGGAACAUGUGGACUGCCAACCUCAGAGGGCACAAAAUAAGCAACACUGAGACACUGAUCAUUUCUUUUGCACAUUUAUCUUUUAAUCUGUGUUCUGGUGUGGGAAGGUUUAACUGUAAAACAAAGUCACUGUUUAAUAGUGUUGGCACUUAAUGUGAACAGUAUCCAUUUCCUAAGAAGGUACUUGUGUGUUAAAGAUAUAUUUUGUGGUUUCUGAUUUUAUUAUUUUUAUUUCAACAUAAGCUUUUAAAAAUAUAUUUUUUAUUUGUGCCUAUAAAACAUCAGAGGGUUUUUUUUUCCUUUUUUUUUUUUUUUUAGACAUGAAACUAAGAACCUGAAUCUGUAAAGGGGAAUUAAUCACUGAUUACUGCACCUGAUGGCAAAGCCACACUUUUUCUUCUUGUUUCCUUGUCUAGUAACAAUGUUACUGAAAUAUAAAACUUUUACUCCUUUUUACUCAUAUUUUUGUAUGCAGUUUGUUUAGCUGAUAAUGUCAUAUCUGUUAAUAUGACUAAAUUCCUGUUCAGAGUUUUCAUUGGUCGAGUAUAAAUGGUACAAAAUGAUUUCAAUCAUUCUCUGGGAUUGUGGUUAUCAUGUUGUGUCGUCUUGACUAUAGUUGAUUUGUUCAUAGCUUACACACCAUCUACCUGCACCUCCUUCAUUAGUUUCACAUCAGAAGAUUGUGAUUAUUAGCAAAACAUUAAA